AUGUCACAAGUAAAGGCCCCCUUGGAUAACCGAGUCUAUGAGCCGAAUGGGCCACCCUACAAAAAUGAAUUCAACACUUCUAAAGAUCUAAUUUUUGUGAGCUAUCCUUCAUUCAUAGGAAGCAAAGCAAUCACCCUUCCUUUUGAAGUUCAAGAAUCCCUUUUGUGCCAGACUUCUGAUGCCAGAGAAGUUGUUCGUCAACUGCAAGAGACUCUGCAGCCGCACCAAGCCUCUCUGAAAGAGCCAGAACCUGAAACCAAGCAAUUAAUACGUUGUUUAGCAAGGACAGCUAAAAAUUCAAACAGGCUUGAUGUGUUCAAACAUUUGAGAGAAACUACACCAGCUGGAACGACUGGUCCUCUGAUGCCAGAACACCUUGAUGUCCAGAAUAUCCCUGGUUCCAAGAGAAGAGACCUCACAGUUGAUUUGUGCGGUGGAGAAGAGUGGAAAUUGGUUGCUGAGGCACUGGGCCUCACUCCACAAGAGAUUCGUUUCCUUGACAACCGCACCUUGAACCCACUUGACGCAGCCCUGGCUUUCAUUGCUAAGCAACGCCACAUAACUGUGGGAGAUUUGUAUGACUUGUUAAGUGAAUGUGGCUUUCCUGUGAUAGCUGACCUUAGGUUAUAAAAACGCCUCUGCGACAUAAUUCAUCAGCUUCCUGAGAUCCACACGUAACUAAUCGAUGACACCAAUGAAGUCAAUGAAUAAUCGCUCGGUAGUCGAUUGGUAAUCAGUUAAGUAGUCAUUAGUCAUACAAUUUAUAAGUAAAGUAAAUAUAAAGCCGUAGGAAAACAAAAUGUGUAUGUGAGCGGUGGCUACAGUAGCAAGAGCUUUCUGGUUGGACACCGCCAUGGUCAAGGAAAUGGCACCCAAAAAAAAAUAGUGACUAAUGAGUAAUUGCUGAAUAAUCUUCAUAGGCGAAAUUUGGACCAACUGAUGAGACGUCAGUGGAGGGAAUUGGCGGAGGGGGGCGGGGCUGGGGAAGGCUUGCAAGUAAAUCAUACAAAACGUUUUGGCCGUGCCUCCGCUACAGUAUGUCGUUGUCAAUCGAUGAUAUCUUGUAAAUACCGUAAAAUGUGGAAAAAGUAUACAGUUUAACCCCUAUUAAACGGCCACCCUCGGGGAAAGGGAUAGUGGCCGCGUAAAAGGGGUUGGGCGCUUAAUAGAGGUAAAAACCCCAGAAACGGUCCUCAUCGGGACUUUGAUCGCUGGCCGCUUCAUAGAGAUGCCCGCUUAAUGGGGGUUCGACUCUAUAUUCAUUCAAAGACCUUUCUAUGGGUUUAAUUCAAAGAGAAGAAAAAACUCACGCAAUCACUAAGUACUUAGCUAAAAACGUGCGAUAGCCUGAGGCACCACAAUUUUAAUAGUCUCGAGCAGCUUGUGAAUAACUUCAAAGACAUCUGACAUCUAAGAUGUUUCACAGCUUAGGGUAACAAAUGAGUCGGCUUGGUUUCCAGAUUAAGCCCUCAGACAAGUGAGGACAGAGUAGAUCGUACAAAGGUUUUAAAAGUUUUCGAAUCAGAGCAUUCUUACGAACGUUUCUCUUUUACUGUUGCAAAACAUUUUUCUUAUUCAAUUUAUUGGGUUUAGGGUUAUGCUUUUACAAUAACCUUACUCCUUACUCCUCACUCCUCACUCCUCACUCCUCACUCCUCACACCUCACUCCUCACUCCUCACUCCUCACUCCU